AUGGGCCACCAUGGUGAGGCGUUGCCGGUGUACAAUCACCGCGAGGCUCUGCUGGUGCAGCGGCGUCUGAUGACUUUUCUGCUCGUCUUCUCCGUCUUCGCGGUGGCCUUCGUGCUGCUGAUCGCCUCCGUGCAGACGCGGCAGGUCGACUGCCAGGCGCGGGCCCACGCGGCGGUGCGGGUCGUCUUCGCCCACCCGGCGGCCGCCGACGGGACGAUCGCCGCGGAGCUCGUCGCAGCGCUGCGGCAGCGGGGGGUUCAAGCCGUUCCCACCGACGGCCCCCCCGCCCCGCCCGACGGCCAUCAACUCAACGCCCUCGACACCACCGCCCACACACUCGCCGCCGCCGGCUUUCGACUCCUGCGAACCAUCACAGGCGCAGAGGUGCUGUGGCAGCUGCGGAACAUCGAUAGCGCACUCUGCGGGUCACAGCGGACAAUCUCCAUGGAGGCACUGCCAAACGUCGAUUACGAACGUGUCUCUUACCAUGUGAAGGCAGUGAUGGCUAACGGUGCAAGAACUUUUCUCUAUGAGGCAAGCGUUAUUACGAAAGAUAAGGAAAGGAUCACUACAUUUCCGCAAUUACAGUCAUUAUUUCCAGGAUUUAACGUUUUAGUAGCACCGCCACGUAUGUUAGAGACCAAACCUAUUCAUUAUUUUACAAACUUUUCUGCCGACCUCUAUUACGAUUCCAUUCCAAUGGAUGUUGAGUUGCGGGUAGAAGAGUGGAAGCAACCAAAUGGUAAAACUAUGUAUUGGCGUAUUGUGAUUUCAUCAUCCAAUAUUUUGGCUGAACGAAAUUUAAAGGAAGUUUAUAGUAUUUUAUUUGGAACAGUACAAGAAAAGGGAUUUAUGUGUUCCAAAGAAGAAUGUGGAGACUCGUACGAUAACGUGUUUCUUCAAUAA